AUGACUUUUGGAACAGAGGCCGGCUUUGUGACUGAGAUAUCGAAUCUUGAGGAGUUUCAACAUGCACUGCGGUCUAGUCGGGUUGUGGUGCUUGAUUUCUACUCAACUCGUUGCGGACCAUGUGAUGUUGUUGCCCCCUUAUAUAGAUCAGUAGCGAGUCGUUUCACAGGAGCACGCUUUUACCAGAUCAAUGGGUUAACAGAGCCUGGGUUGGAAGUUCAAAAGAGCAUCGAUGUUGUGUGGUGGCCAACGUUUGUGAUAUAUGUCAAUGGCGAGGAAGUGUGGAGGGCUAAGAUCCCAAACCCACCACAGGAGUAUCCAACUGCGGAGCUCGAAUCACAGCUUGCUGGCCUGUUUUGA